GUAUUAUACAUUCAUUGACUUUAAUCUAAACCGUUUAGCUCGAUUAAGCCUAUUAUACUAAAUUGAAGAUUUUGUUUUUCAACUUUGCCCUCGUUAAGCAUUAUUUUUCUGACUGUUUAGCUGGGAUAAAAUGUGUGUCAAGUUCUCAGUUACAACAACCUCGAAGCCCUCGGCCUGUACUACAUAUUUGUUUUGACGUCAGCUUGUAAUUUAUUUUCUGUAAACACUUGAAAAGUUACCUUCAGCGUACGACACAUGCGCUAUCAGGAGGAUACUUGCUAAUUUAUGCAUGAAAACUGAGACAAAAACAAAAAAUUAAGCAUGGAUACUGUUUUAUUAGAGUUCACUACCAUGUGAGCACGUGAUAUCCCUGUCGCCGACUCUCCUAGGACUUUUGUUCUCUUAUUCUUCCGACAGUCUGAAAUAACCUUCUUACAGCCAGUGUAUAAAUUGUGCUUGUUUAUGUGUGUUCUUUUUUUUUCGAGUGUAUCCAAAGGUCGUUCUAGCGUAUUUAGUCGACACUACUUUUGUGGAAACCAGUUAGUUUAGUCUGUGUAAAACUAGGCCAAAGGUAUAGAAAAGACAGAAUGUUAUAAUAUACUUUGGGCUGCAUAUCAAAGCGUUAAUUCUGACGAAAACAGAAUUAACCUUUUCUAUAAACGAAACUUUAACAACACCAUCGUCACUUUUAAAACACUAGCUGCUGGUUUGCUGCUCAUGAUGGGGCUACCCCAUCUUUGGUUAUUCCUGGUUUAACUCUCAAUACGGAGGAAAUGAAAGAAUGUUGAUUAUGAAUUUUGAAGUCAACGGGGUAUUGUAUACUGUUUGUUUAAUGUUAACAUAUUAUCGAGUCGUAUGACUGGACUCUUGACCAUGGCCAUGCCUACACCAGCCUUGAGCCUGUACGAGUUCCUUUCUGAAGCAGAGCUGUCACAGUAUUACAGUCUUCUCAAGAAUGACCUAAAAGUGACCACUGUAGCUCAGCUAAAGUACGUGGAGGAGGAUGAUCUCACGCAGUUGGGAAUGAGUAAACCCGAGCAGCGACGACUACGCAAGUAUUUCCAGAAGGUUUACCCUCAGACCUACCUCAGAAAGUUUAAAAAUAUGAUCCUUCCAAAGUCGAAAGAUAACAUAGAUCGCAGUUCAAUUGUAUUUUUAGACUCUGUUGCAGACAGGAACCCUGUUCGUGUACCAAGCAAACAUAUUAUCCCUGCAGACAGUAUUAUUAUAAACAAAGAACUAGGGAUUGGUGAAUUUGGUGUUGUUCAGCAAGGUGUUUGGACCAAUGAGGAUGGAGAUAGGAUCCAAGUGGCAAUUAAGUGUCUCAGCAAAGACAGAAUGCAGAAUAAUCCAAUGGAAUUUUUAAAGGAAGCUGCAAUCAUGCACACUAUUGACAAUGAACACAUUGUACGGUUGUACGGAGUUGUCUUGGACACAACCUCGUUAAUGUUGGUAACAGAACUUGCACCAUUACGUUCCCUCUUGGAAUGCCUAAAGGAGCCAGAUUUGAGGUCUAACUUUCCAGUAAUCUCAUUAUGUGAUUUCACCUACCAGAUCUGUGAUGGCAUGCAGUAUUUGGAAAGUAAACGACUUAUUCACAGAGAUUUAGCAGCACGUAACAUCCUAGUUUUUGCUAAAAACAAAGUUAAAAUCAGUGACUUUGGUUUGUCUCGAGCUUUGGGGGUAGGAAAGGAUUAUUAUCAGACAAAUUUUAAUGUCAACCUUAAGCUCCCGAUUGCAUGGUGUGCACCUGAAUGUAUAAACUACUUGAGGUUUACGUCUGCUAGUGAUGUCUGGGCAUAUGGCGUAACUUUGUGGGAAAUUUUUAGCUAUGGUUUUCAACCCUGGGCUGCUUUAACAGGACAGCAGAUUCUGGAAGCAAUUGAUGAGCCCAGCUAUCAACGACUUGAACAACCUGAUUGUUGUCCUAAAGAAUAUUACUCCUUAAUGUUGAAAUGUUGGCAACACGAUGCCAACAAAAGACCAAAGUUUUCUGAUAUUCUUCAGUUGCUACCUGAGUGCAAACCUGAGCAGCUACAGACUGUGAAAGAUUCCAGUGACACUUCUAUAACACCUAAGCCUAAAAAAGAUUGGCUUCAUUAUAAAGUUGGAGAUGUAAUAACUGUUUUAGACAAAAAGCCGUUAUCUGAUUGUCCAAAUCUCUGGAGAGGUGUUCUCAACAGUGGUAAAACUGGACUUUUCAAUCCUGCUAACACCGUCACUUACCUGGGUCAGAACUUACCUACUAACAGACCAAAUUUCUCACGUACAGGUAGCAAGGCUGGUCUUUAUUCCAGUAAACGAAGGAUACGACCAGAGAUGAUAUCGGGACCUCAAGGUGAUCUGAAACACACGGGACAUGUAGGAUUGGAUGGGGCAUUUUUUGGUGAUAUUUCAUUCCUUGGAGACAAAUAUAACCAACUACCAAGGCAGAUUGUUACUCCAUAUAAACCUCAGGAUGAUGGAGAACCAAGUAGUUUAUUAGCCCGUGCCUCUUCUGAUCUUUCUGACCGUACUCCUCUUUUGACCAAAUCAAAUUUUCUUAAUGAUGGUAAAAGUGGUCCUGCAGCAGAAACUUGGUCAGAUGCUGGAAGUUUGUGUGAGAAGGAUUACCAAGUAAACUUGGAAACAAACAAAAUGGUUGAGUCCACAGAGAUCAUCAAAACUACUGAUGUACAUAAACUGAAUAUUGGGCCUGAUCAUGAAUACCAUGAGAUCAGUGAUGAAGAGGAUUUCCCAUCUGUGGAAAGUCCACGUUUUGAGACCCUAGAUUUUGGACCAUCGUUGAUGGAUGAAGUUUUUAAAGCUUUGGGAUCAACUAAUCCAGACCCAGAGUUGGAUGAGCAACAGUCUAAUGAGAACAACAAUGUUAGGAAUGAGAUAAAGGAAAUUACUUCGAAAGUAUGUAAUCGAGAAGGUGGGAAAAAGAAGCAGGCUACUGUGAAACCAAUUUCAGCAGCUGACCAGCAUACACUAGACUGUGCUAUUGCUAUGGCUAAAGAGUUAGCCAGUCGUAGCAUGCUGGAAGUGGAAAAUAAAUCGGGCUCAGAUACAGGUCUAGAGAGCCCUAAGACACCAACGACCCCAACCAGAACUAAGUUUUCUUUCAAGCUAAAACCUAGCCCAAAGCCAGAACGACGAAACUUCAGUGCAGAGACUCAGGCUAUUCCUAGUGUGCAAGAUAUCCUUACAGAGGAAGCACGAGAAGCGUACAACCUUCUGGUGGAGAAGGGCCAGCACAGUACCCCCCAUUCUUCAAACAGUGACACGAGGCAGCAUUCUAGUGAUUCUCACCAUCGAAACCACAAUAAUAACUCACUUCAUACUCACCAUCAUUCAACCAUUCAAGAAUCUCGCACUCGUGUUAGAGAUCCAGUUCAUAGUCAGCACACGUCAUCUGCCACAAUCAUUCAGCAUACUUCAUCUAAGCAAACACCAGUUACAGCAAGUACAAACCAACAUGGUUUACAUACUGUGAAGUCUGUCACAAAAAGUGGUAGUAAUAUCACAAGCAGUGACACCCAACACAGUACUAUUCAUCAAUCAUCACCUACUGAUAACAGCAGUCAGUAUACCAAGUCUCAACCUACCCUGCUUACAACAACAGACUCGUCAGAUGCUGAAGACACAAUGGACUCUAACCCACUACGCAUGCUUCGUAAGAGUGGUCCUGUGAGGCCUAAAGUCAGAGGUAAUAAACAUGGGCUUCCAGCAAGCUCUAGAGCUUCUGCAAUCCAAACUGCAGCAGUAACGAGACCAGCAGCCAAUGUUCUUCCUCAUACCGGAGGUGCAAGAGCAGGACUUGGAGCACCUCCUCCCCCUCCAGCAGCUGUUAUGAGGUCAUCAUCGGUCCCAGAAAAUGCAAGGUCCAUAGGUGAAAUUUGUCAGGCUGAAGAUGAACAAACAUUUGUGUCUAGUGCACAUAUCACUGUGAAUCCUGAGCUAGAGGGGGUUGAUAGUUCAGCCAACCUUCUUCCUUUGCCACCUCGAGACCGUUCCAAGCCAUUUCCCGUCCUAAAGCAACAUCAACGUCGACAUCCAUUGGUUUUACCGGGAAUACGUCAAGUUCCAAAUUCCGGAUCUACUCUUCUGACGCAGGUAUCAUGCUCUGAAGUUCCACUUGGAUCUGAUGGAAGCUCGAUAGACUCAGACUUGGUCAGUCCCACCAUGCUUAAUUCACCACAAGAUGGGGGUGGUGGUCAAUCCAAAGUUCCUCCCCCAAAACCAGCACGAUCAACUAGUCUGGAUGAUUCUUUCGAAACUCAGAUUCAGGCAGAGAUUGAUGGAUUGGAUGAUAUUCCAGAAGAACAUGCACCCUCACCUCCAAUUUACAAGAACAGUGAUCAUGUUAGCUGUGAGGAUUUACUAGAGUUCGCUCUUGACAAACCAAAUGCUAAGAGGACACAAGGUCGUGCGAGGGGCACGGACUCAGAUGAGGUCCGAAUCAUGCAGAAAGUUCUAGCCAAAGAUGAAGUCACUCCUGAGGAAUGUUUGGUGGCUCUCAAUGAAACCGAAUGGGACAUCCACAAAGCCAUAAAGUACACAAGGCUCCAGUGUCUUCUUAACUCCCACCUUGUUCAUGUGGAGAACUUUAAACAAACCCUUACCCGUUGCAACUGGAAUGUACAACAGGCAGCUAAUUAUCUUUUAGCAACUCAUGGUAUAGCUGAGGAUACAACUGAAGUGUGAAAUUGUGUUUAAUCAUUCAAAUAGUGUACAGGAGGCAGCUUCAGUCAAAACUGGGUAUAGUUAAUGUCAAAAAUAGGAGUUGAAUAUCAGUUCAUUUGUACAAAGUAAAAUAUUCAUAUAUAUAUUUCUUUUCACACACCACUAUAUAUUGAAAAACAACUAAAAGUUGAGGUUUCCGACAAAAUAUUACAAAACUUAAGUUCUAAACAACCAGAGAAAUUGCACCAUAAGCACAUAUUCAAGUCAUCUACAUGCUAAUCAAAGGUUGUAGUUUCAAGCUUCUGAGACAACUGGUUUAUCAUGUUGCUUGCACAAUCACUGAAGACAUUAUAAUUUCAUUUUAUAUUUCACAAAGAUUGCUUUUGUCUCCAAUGUAUACCUUAAGAUACCAUUAGUUCCUUACAUUUUGUACCUGACAGCUUUCCAUAGAACCAUCAGCUCAUGAAAUUCCAUAAAUAUUAGCUUUACCUUAGACCUGAAAUAAAUUAGUAUUAAUA